AUGUCUCCUACCAGUUUUCCUGAAGCAAUUUCUUCUGUUCUUUCGCCGACAUUUUUGUUUGCUUCUUUGAUCUUUCUCUCUCUUUUUCCUUCUUUCAGUCAGUCUUCCUUUCUUUCAGUCUCUCUCUCUGUCUUCCUUUCAGUCUCUCUCUCUGUCUUCCUUUCAGUCUCUCUCUCUGUCUGUCUGUGUCUUCCUUCCUUUCAGUCUCUCUCUCUGUCUGUCUGUGUCUUCCUUCCUUUCAGUCUCUCUCUCUCUCUCUCCGUGUGUCUUUCUUUCAGUCUCUCUCUCUCUCUCCGUGUGUCUUUCUUUCAGUCUCUCUCUCUCUCUCUCUCUUUUCAGUGUCUUUCUUCCGUGUGUCUUUCUCUCUCUCUCUCCGUGUGUCUUUCUUUCAGUCUCUCUCCGUGUGUCUUUCUUUCAGUCUCUCUCCGUGUGUCUUUCUUUCAGUCUCUCUCCGUGUGUCUUUCUUUCAGUCUCUCUCCGUGUGUCUUUCUUUCAGUCUUUCCGUGUCUUUCUUUUUCAGUCUCUCUCUCUCUCUGUGUGUCUUUCUUUCAGUCUCUCUCUCUCUCUCCGUGUGUCUUUCUUUCAGUCUCUCUCUCUCUCUCUCUCCGUGUGUCUUUCUUUCAGUCUCUCUCUCUCUCUCCGUGUGUCUUUCUUUCUCUCUCUCUCUCUCCGUGUGUCUUUUUCUUUCAGUCUUCUCUCUCUCUCUCUCUGUGUGUCUUUCUUUCAGUCUCUCUCUCUCUCUCUCUCUCCGUGUGUCUUUCUUUCAGUCUCUCUCUCUCUCUCUCUCUCCGUGUGUCUUUCUUUCAGUCUCUCUCUCUCUCUCUCUCUCUCUUUCUUUCUCUCUCUCUCUCUCUCUCUCUCCGUGUGUCUUUCUUUCAGUCUCUCUCUCUCUCCGUGUGUCUCUCUCUCUCUCUCUCUCUCCGUGUGUCUUUCUUUCAGUCUCUCUCUCUCUCCGUGUGUCUUUCUUUCAGUCUCUCUCUCUCUCCGUGUGUCUUUCUUUCAGUCUCUCUCUCUCUCUCUCCGUGUGUCUUUCUUUCAGUCUCUCUCUCUCUCUGUGUCAGUCUCUCUCUCUCUGUGUGUCUUUCUUUCAGUCUCUCUCUCUCUCUGUGUCUUGAUUCUCUUUCUUUGUGUUGUGAAAGCCACAAAUUUGCUUUGAGAACGCUUACUUCCUCUCUCUCUCUCUCUCUGUGUCUGUGUGUCUUUCUUUCAGUCUCUCUCUCUCUCUCUGUGUGUCUUUCUUUCAGUCUCUCUCUAGGUCUCUGUCUUUCUUUCGGUCUCUCUACCUCCUUCAUUCAUUGCUUCAUUCUAUGA